GUCACUUUCAAUUUCUGCCUAUAAAUUCACCAAUUCCAUCAAGGCAUUUCCAUAAUUGUGCCAUCCACUUCAAACCAUAGAAAUCACAUUGAGAACAAAAAAGAGAGAGGAAAGACAUGGAGUCUAAGGGGUCCAAUUUGAUUAAGCUUCUGCUACUAGUGAAUUUCUCAGUUCUCUGUGUUGCACAGGAUUUUGAUUUCUUCUACUUUGUUCAGCAGUGGCCAGGAUCAUACUGUGACACAGACAAGAGUUGCUGCUACCCAACAACUGGGAAGCCUGAUGCAGAUUUUGGCAUUCAUGGUCUGUGGCCUAAUUACAACACUGGAUCAUACCCAUCUAACUGUGAUUCUAGUAACCCUUUCAAGCAAUCUCAGAUAUCUGAUCUCACAAGCAGUUUGCAAAGGGAAUGGCCCACACUAGCAUGCCCAAGUGGCAAUGGGAUUCAAUUCUGGACUCAUGAAUGGGAAAAACAUGGCACUUGCUCAGAGUCAAACCUUAACCAACAUGCUUAUUUUGCAGCUGGUCUCAGCCUCAAACAGAAAGCCAACCUCCUCCAAUCUCUUACAAGUGCAGGAAUACAACCAGAUGGGCAAUUCUACAGCUUGAGCAGCAUCAAAGGAGCUAUAAAGGAUGGAACUGGGUUUACUCCAUACAUUGAGUGCAAUGUGGACUCAUCUGGUAACAGCCAGCUAUAUCAAGUUUACUUGUGUGUGGACACUUCUGGUUCUGACUUCAUUGAGUGCCCUGUGUUCCCCCAUGGCAAAUGUGGAUCCAGCAUUGAAUUCCCAACUUUUUGAUUUCUAGGAUUGAGUAGAAGAAGUUUGUAAGAUAGCCUUAUCUGCAAUUUCAUUUGCUUACAUGUUGUCCUUUUGGUAUCUUAUAGUGAUCAACUGUGCCUGGGCUUUUUAUUAUUCAAUGAAAAGUUUAUUCUGGCUAACAGUAGGUACUAGAUAGUAUUGUAUUUUCCAAGUUGAGUUAUUAUAUGCAAUUGAAAACCAA